UGAAAAAGGAAAUAGGCAAGUGGAGAUGAGGGAUUCCUUUAGCUUUUCGCCCACCAGCAGCGGGCAGUAACCCAACAUUUGCAACCGCCAAACACCAGCGUAGCUUUCUCUCUUUCAGCGCAAAAGUACUCAACCCCACCCCGGCCCCCAUAUAAGCAAUCCUUAAUUAUAUUUCUCUCUGCAUCCAUCUCUUUUCUACCUCUAAUUGAGUAAUGGAUUCUGCUCAGUGGCUACAGGGAAUUGGAUCAAGAAAUUCAGAGAAGAAGCCAAGGCCACAAAAGGAGCAAGCUUUGAAGUGCCCAAGAUGCAAAUCCACCAACACAAAGUUUUGCUACUACAACAAUUACAGUCUCUCUCAACCUCGGUACUUUUGUAAGAGUUGCAGAAGGUAUUGGACUGAAGGUGGAAAUCUCAGAAAUGUCCCAGUUGGUGGAAGCUCAAGAAAAAACAAAAGAUCAUCUUCAUCUUCUAUUUCUACACACAAAUCCAUCCCAGAUCUCAGCUGCCCACCUAAACACUCGCCUCAAAACCCUAAGAUCCACCAUGGCCUACACUUAAAUUCAUCUUACAACGAUCCACCUCUCUGCGGUACUGGAAUAUCUGACCUAUGUACUCAAAACCCUAAUUUGCUCAUUUCUUCUCCGGUUCACAAUUCCAACUCCGCCGGUUUUCCGAUGCAUGAGUUGAAGCCGAGCCCGGAUUUCUCUCUUGAAAACCGGUUCGGGAACUUAGAGCCGGCGGUUCAAGACAACCCAGCAAUCCUGUUCCCGGCGGUUGCAGAUUAUGAAGUUGAGCAGCUUAGAGGGCUGCAGCGUGAUUCCAACGGAUUUUGGACCGGGAUGCUCUCCGGCGGUUCCUGGUGAAAUUACGUAAUUAUUCCUUCUCUCUUAACAAUGUUUAAUGAAGAUAUUAUAAAAUUGAGUAGUACCAUGAGUUGAGCUGAGAGUACAAACAGAUAGCUCGAUCCAUAUAUAUUCUUGCUUCUUGGUAUUGGCUUUUCUUGUGUUUUGUCAUGUCAAAAUGUAAACGAACCCCUUUUCUGGUAUCAUUUAUCUUUCUUUUCUGUGCA